ACAGAAUGUGGAAAGAGAUUUAAUGUGAAAGACAGUUUUCAAAAGCAUCAGAGAACCCACACAGGGGAGAAGCCUUUUGAAUGCUCAGAGUGUGGAAAGAGAUUCACUCAGAGUGGCAGUCUUCAAUGUCAUCAAAGAACCCACACAGGGGAGAAGCCUUUUGAAUGCUCAGAAUGUGGAAAGAGAUUCAGUAAAAGUAGCAAUCUUCAAUGUCAUCAGAAAACCCACAAAGGGGAGAAAUCUUUUCAAUGCUCAAAGUGUGGGAAAAGAUUCAGUACAAGUGGCAGUCUUCAAAAGCAUCAGAGAACCCACACAGGGGAGAAACCUUUUGAAUGCUCAGAGUGUGGAAAGAGAUUCAGUACAAGUGGCCAUCUUCAGUAUCAUCAGAGAACCCACACAGGAGAGAAACCCUUUGAGUGCUCAGAGUGUGGAAAGAGAUUCAGUCAGAGUGGCCAUCUUCAGUAUCAUCAGGGAACCCACACAGGGGAUAAACCAUUUGAAUGUUCAGAGUGUGGAAAGAGAUUCAGUCGGACUGGUGAUCUUCAGUAUCAUCACAGAACUCACACAGGGGAGAAACCUUUUGAAUGCUCAGACUGUGGAAAGAGAUUCAGUCGGAGUGGCAAUCUUCAAUGUCAUCAGAGAACCCACACAGGGGAGAAACCUUUUGAAUGCUCAGACUGUGGAAAGAGAUUCAGUCAGAGUGGCCAUCUUCAAUAUCAUCAGAGAACCCACACAGGGGAGAAGCCUUUUGAAUGCUCAGAAUGUGGAAAGAGAUUCAGUCGGAGUGAUGAUCUUCAGCAUCAUCACAGAACUCACACAGGGGAGAAACCUUUUGAAUGCUCAGACUGUGGAAGGAGAUUCAGUCGGAGUGGCAGUCUUCAACGUCAUCAGAGAACCCACACAGGGGAGAAACCUUUUGAGUGCUCAGAGUGUGGAAAGAGAUUCAUGUGGAAAAGUAGAAUUUUUCAGCUGCACCAAAAAACCCACACAGGAGAGAAAACUUUUAAGUGCCCAGAGUGUGGAAAGAGAUUCAGUCGGAGUGGCUAUUUUCAACAUCAACAGAGAACCCACACAGGGGAGAAACCUCUUGAGUGCUCAGAGUGCGGAAAGAGAUUCAGCCGGAGUGCCUAUCUUCAAGAUCAUCAGAGAACCCAUUCAGGGGAGAAACCUUUUGAAUGCUCAGAGUGUGGAAAGAGAUUCAGUCAAAGUGGCUAUCUUCACUAUCAUCAGAGAACUCACUCAGGGGAGAAACGUUUUGAAUGUUCAGAGUGUGGAAAAAGGUUUAGUAGGAGUGGCAGUCUUCAACGUCAUCAGAGAACUCACACUGGGGAGAAGCCUUUUGAAUGUUCAGAGUGUGGAAAGAAAUUCAGUGAGAGGGGGACUCUUCAAAUUCAUCAGAGAACCCACACAGGGGAGAAGCCUUUUGAAUGUUCAGAGUGUGGAAAGAAAUUCAGUGAGAGGGGGACUCUUCAAUGUCAUCAGAGAACCCACACAGGGGAGAAGCCUUUUGAAUGUUCAGAGUGUGGAAAGAAGUUUAGUAGGAGUGGCCAUCUUAAACUUCAUCAGAGAACUCACACAGGGGAGAAGCCUUUUGAAUGUUCAGAGUGUGGAAAGAAAUUCAGUGAGAGGGGGACUCUUCAAAUUCAUCAGAGAACUCACACAGGGGAGAAGCCUUUUGAAUGUUCAGAGUGUGGAAAGAAAUUCAGUGCGAGGGGGACUCUUCAAUAUCAUCAGAGUACCCACACAGGGGAGAAACCUUUUGAAUGCUCAGAGUGUGGAAAGAAGUUUAGUAUGAGUGCCAAUCUUCAACGUCAUCAGAGAACCCACACAGGGCAGAAGCCUUUUGAAUGUUCAGAGUGUGGAAAGAAAUUCAGUGAGAUGGUGACUCUUCAACGUCAUCAGAGAACCCACACAGGGGAGAAGCCUUUUGAAUGCCCAGAGUGCAGGAAGAAAUUCAGUCGGAGGGGCAGUCUUCAACGUCAUCAUCAGAGAAUCCACACGGGAGAAAGCAUUUGAAUGCUCAGAGUGUGGAAAGAAAUUCAGUUUCCGUGACAAUCUUCAAAAGCAUCAUAGAACACACACAGGAGAUAAACAUUUUGUGUGUUCAGAUUGUGGAAAGAGAUUCAGGGAGAGAGGGAAUCUUCAAGAGCAUGGGAGAACACACACAGGGGAGAACCGUUUUGAUUUCUCAACAUCUGACCUGGCUUGCCACACCCAGACUAGUAAAUGGCCCCAAGGGAGGCUUUCUUGACACAAAGACACCAUCCUGAUGAAUGAGACCCCUCUCCCUCCACCAUUGUACUCACUGAUGCGGUGUUGGCCCUUCACACUCUGUUACUGCAGUGGCAGUUGUCAUCCCGGAGGUCCCAAUGAGGGUAAAGAGAGCAGGCGAUGGGACAGGCCCCAGAAGUAGCGAGGACAGACUGAUGCAUUGGAGAAUCCAAGAGGGAGAAACCUUUGAGUGCUCAGAGUGUUGAAAAGGAUUCAUUUAGAGUGGCACUCAAUUACAUCAGAGAACCCACACAUAGGGAGGAAACGUUGGACCGAGAGUUUUCAAAAGCAUCUAUGAACUCAUAUAGGGGAGAAAUUUCAGAAUGCGGAAAGAGAUGCUGUUGCAGAAGCACUCUUGAUGGCAACUGAUAUCCCACACAGGGAAGACAGAAUUGUAAUGUUUGUUGCAUUGAAAGAGAUUCAAUCAGAGCGGUA